GUCACAAUGUUAAAAAAAUUCGUGCAAAAUACAGAGAUAAAAGAUAACUCGAUCGAGUCCCUUGACUCAUUUAAUUGAGAAGUGUGAAAUUAAAGUCGACUUCCGACGGAGCACAGAACAGGCAAGACAUGGCGCUGAGUACCGAGAAAUCCUUGACGCUAGUUCUACUAGCUGCUAUCUCCGUUUGUGGCCAGCCAUUUGAGCCACACGGCACAUCCCCGAUGAAAAUACAAGGCCGCAUAGUAUCAGGAAGCGAUGCGGAAUUGGGUCAAUUUCCCUGGCAAGUCAUCUUGAAGAGAGAUGCCUGGGAUGAUCUACGCUGCGGUGGCUCCAUCAUAUCGGCCUCCUGGGUGCUCACGGCGGCCCAUUGCACAUAUGGCUUCGACUCCAUCUUCAUUAUGUUCGGUAGUGUGCAGCUGUUCAACGAAAAUGCCCUGAACAUGACGUCCACAAAUAUUAUUGUCCAUCCGGGCUACAAUGACAAAUUGAAUAACGAUAUCUCGCUUAUUGAACUGCCAGUACCACUGGCAUUCUCAGACAUCAUCAAGCCCAUACAACUGGUGAGCGAGUCCGAGGAAUCGAUCGAUUUUGUGGGCAGAGUGGCCACCGUGGCAGGAUUCGGUUUUACGCAAGAUGAAUACCUGGACUACUCGGAAACACUGCUGUAUGCCCAAGUGGAGAUCAUUGACAAUGAGGAGUGCGAGUCCGUCUUUGGCAACCUCGUCAUACUGGACUCGACAAUGUGUGCCAAAGGAAACAAGGGAAGCGACAUGUCCAUUUGCACCGGCGACUCUGGCGGUCCUCUCAUUAUAUACAACAAAAACACCCAACAAUGGGAACAAAUUGGCAUCAACUCAUUCGUCGCUGAGGAUCAAUGCACCGCCCGCUUUCCAUCUGCAUAUGCCCGGCUUACGUCCUAUCUGAGCUUCAUUUCACAGAUCACAGGCAUUGCCGUAUGAAAGCAGCACUGACUUCAAUAAAAGCAUUUACACCAUGGCACAUAGAUAUCUAUGACAAUUAGAUGAUGCAAAAAUUUGAUUAGGAAGUUUGAAGUAGAGUGCACAUGAU